ACACAGAGUUAGAGGUGGGGAGUGGCAGGCUGGAGGUGUGCCGUGGGUGGAGUCUCACAUUCCCCAAGCAGACUCACCUAAAGACUGAACUCAGUGUUUGAAAUCUGUCACUGCCCGAGCGAGCGAUUCACCAGUGAUCAGGAGAGUUAAAACUUAAGAAACACCACCAUGAGUGAAACAGCAGAAGCUUUGGCUGCAAGCCUGAAAACCAGAAGAAACGUCACCAUCGAGAUCACCAACCUCACCAAUAACUACUGCCUGAUUAACCCCAAAGUUUACCUGGAAAGCGGCAGCUGCCACAGCCCUCCCCAACCCACUGUGCGGCCCCUGAAGACUGAAGUCUGCAACUUUGGCAAGACCAGCGCUAAAGCCAUGGGCGCAGUGGGCGUCCUGACAUACGAGCUGUUUGAGAGGCAGAGCAACAGCGCUAGAGAGACACUAGCCAUCUUAUUCUCUGUGCCCUACGACUACAACAUGUACAAGAACUGGCUGGGUUUGGGGAUCUACAACCAGGGCAAAGAGUGCAACAAGAGUCUGUAUGAAGAGAUGUACUACAACAAAGAGCAGCAGGGCUUUGUGCGGGAAGAGGCCAAAGGCUGCGGGCUCACCUUUGAGGGCAGCAGCCUGGACAUCAAGGCAACCAUGUCCCCCAUGGGCAGGGCCAUUAUGAAGGUGGAGGUUUGGGACAAGCUCUUUGCUCCCAUGAUGCAACGGCCUUACUGAGCUGUUGAUUCAGUUUUCAUCCAAUUAAAGCCUCUGUUGUGAGCUUUUAGACAUGCUACUUGAACAUCUGGUCAUGCAAUAAAACCAGAAUGAGUUAAAA